ACCCCCUUCUACGAAACAACAGCGACGACAGGGACGAUCCCACACGGUGACCGGGAUAAAGGCAUCUCUUGUCUUGGCGAACCGAAAGGCUUCAGAAGACGCUUUGAGCCGCGGCUGUGCUGACGUUUCUCUCCUGGUCCAAGCAGCGCGUUUGACGGAGGUAAGCGCGGCGCUUUAAUCCCAGCAUCUCGUCUUUCUCUCAAGUUUGAGGAAGUACACGGACCAGCAUCUCAGGUGCUGUGGUAGUCAACAUGAGGCACCUCUCCUUAUUUUGCCUGUAUAUUUUGGUGAGUCUGUAUGGCCACAAGAGUGUACUAUCCCAGCCUCCUUCCUAUGGCGAACGGGGCUCUGAUCUGGGCCUGCAGGUGUUCCAGCAAGUCGCUCGCUCCAAGCCCAAGGAAAAUGUAGCGCUUUCCCCCCAUGGAGUGGCUUCCAUCCUGGGCAUGCUGCUACCAGGAGCCCAUGGAGAAACACUGAGGCAAAUGAUUGCUGCUCUACGCUACAAGAAAAAUGGCCCUUACAAGAUGUUGAAGAAGCUACACAAGAGCCUGACAGCCAAGUCCAACCAUGACGUUGUGACCAUUGCCAAUGCCAUCUUCAGUCAGGAAGGCUUCCCUAUGGAGCAGACCUUCGUAACCACCAACAAAGCCAACUUCCUUUGUGAGAGCAGGAACCUGGACUUCAGCAAUCCCCAUAAGGCAGCAAAUGAAAUCAAUGACUGGGUCAGCAAUAAGACUAAAGGUCACAUCCCAAGCCUAUUGAAUGCGGACAUGCUGGACCCAGCUUUGACCCGUCUCGUAGCUGUCAAUUCCAUCUACUUCAAAGGCCUGUGGAAGUCCCGCUUCCAGCCUGAGAACACCAAGAUGAGGACCUUUAAGAGUGGCGAUGGGAAUGCGUACAAAGUCCCCAUGAUGUCCCAGCUGUCAGUCUACAAAAUGGGUGUGGCCAGCACCCCUCAGGGGCUGAAAUACAAGGUGAUUGAGCUGCCUUAUCAUGGCAACACUGUCAGCAUGCUGAUCGUUCUGCCCUCUGAAGAGGACACAUCUCUUUCUGAGCUCAUCCCACACAUCAGCACUGCCACGGUGCAGAGCUGGUUCAAGCUGAUGCAUGAGAGGAAAGUUCGGCUGCUUAUCCCCAAAUUUACUGCCGAAGCAAAGGUUGACUUGGAAGACCCCCUAUCGGUGCUUGGGAUUUCAGACAUGUUCAGUGAGGCCAAAGCUGACUUCAGAUACCUGAGUGCUGAACCCGUGCAUGUAUCCAAGGCAUUCCAGAAAGCUAAAAUUGAAGUGAAUGAGGAUGGCACGAAAGCAGCAGCUGCCACGACUGCAAUUUUGCUGGCAAGAUCUUCUCCACCAUGGGUUAUUGUGGACAGACCUUUCCUCUUCCUCAUUCGACACCAUCCAACAGGUACUAUUCUCUUCAUGGGCCAGAUCAACCAGCCUUGAGCAUACCUGGAGACAAGGUCAACCAUCAUUUCUAUGGGCUCCCAUGCUCAUAGGUCAGCAAAGGGAAUUCUUACUCACAUUUUGAAAACUGUAGAGUUGUGUACAUUGAGGACAUAUAAUUCUGUCUAUACAUUGUGGACAUAUUUUGUCUAAAGUGUUGCUUUUUACGUUGCCCAUUUUUUGUCAUGUAUAACACUUCAUAAAAUGUUUUUGCAAUGACUAAAUUUUCAACUGUUUUAAUUUUUGUAUACUUUUUUGAAUAUGUUGCUUUUUUAAGACCAUGGGUGUCAUCUGUUUGAGCAGUUAAGUAGAAUAUAAAUUUAUUUAUGUUUUUUUUCUUUUUCGGGGUGCUCUGUGUAGGUUUUGGUCAAUACUUCCCCUUUUGUGCAUCGAACUUUUAAACGAAGCCUUCUUUUGAGGAACAGAGACUUGUGUUACGAAACUUGCUUGAUGUUCAAUAAAGACACAUAUUUAUAACA